CCUUCAGACAGCGAUAAUAGAAGCGCACGUUCCACUUCCGCCCGCGAACGUCUGCGGCUUGCGUGACUGCGUCACUGCGAAGUGGCGCGCGUUUUGGAAGGGCAGAGCGGACGGAAAGAGAGCCUGAGGCGGCGCGAGGGGAACGCGGCCCGCUUCAACGGACUAGCCGUUGGUCGCCACCGUCUCUCAGUUUCUCUACUUGAAGUUCCAAAAUGGCAAUGCAAAUGAGAACUGAAGAGAAUGCUGGAGUUGAAGAGGAAAAUUUUGGACCACAAGCUAUAUCUCGUUUGGAGCAAUGUGGAAUCAGUGCUAAUGAUGUAAAAAAGUUGGAAGAAGCUGGUUUCCACACGGUUGAGGCAGUGGCCUAUGCCCCAAAGAAGGAACUGCUAAAUAUCAAGGGCAUAAGUGAAGCUAAAGCAGAGAAAAUACUGGCUGAAGCGGCUAAACUUGUGCCAAUGGGCUUUACUACAGCUACAGAGUUCCACCAGAGGCGCUCAGAAAUCAUUCAGGUCACAACAGGAUCGAAAGAACUUGAUAAACUUCUACAAGGUGGAAUUGAGACUGGUUCAAUCACUGAGAUGUUUGGAGAGUUUCGGACUGGGAAGACCCAACUCUGUCACACAUUGGCAGUAACGUGUCAGCUACCUAUUGACCGUGGCGGCGGAGAGGGAAAAGCUAUGUAUAUUGACACUGAAGGAACUUUUCGCCCAGAACGCCUUCUUGCUGUUGCUGAAAGAUAUAAUCUUUCCGGAAGUGACGUGCUUGACAAUGUUGCAUAUGCUCGAGCUUUCAACACGGAUCAUCAGACCCAGUUGUUAUAUCAAGCAUCUGCCAUGAUGACAGAAUCCAGAUAUGCAUUGUUAAUUGUGGACAGUGCAACAGCCUUGUACAGGACCGACUAUUCUGGGCGAGGUGAAUUAUCAGCUAGGCAGAUGCAUCUUGCACGGUUUCUCCGAAUGUUGCUGCGACUAGCAGAUGAGUUUGGGGUAGCUGUGGUAAUAACUAACCAGGUUGUGGCACAGGUUGAUGGGGCAGCAAUGUUUGCUGCUGAUCCAAAAAAGCCAAUUGGUGGAAACAUUAUUGCUCAUGCAUCAACAACAAGAUUGUAUCUGAGAAAAGGACGAGGUGAAACCCGGAUCUGUAAAAUUUAUGACUCUCCCUGCUUGCCGGAGGCAGAGGCUAUGUUUGCUAUCAAUUCUGAUGGGGUUGGGGAUGCUAAAGACUAAAUGUGACUGGACCUUCCAAGUCCUAUGUUGGAAGCAACUAACAGCAAACAAGUGUCCUCAGGUCAAUCAGUAAUGUUAUAUGUAGGCUCCUCAUUAUCCUGAUUGUCGUAAGCAAUUUGAACUUGGACAGCUUUCACCUUCAGGGAAUAAAGCCAUACUUAAUCACUAUCUGAUUUUUUUUCAGGCAGAUCUGAUAUUAAAAUUGGGGCCAUAGGGAGGAUGAUUUAUUAUGACCCCAUGUUCAUAAUGUUUUGCUAAGAUGAGUGGGCAGAGAACACAACAUUGAAUCGAGAUUCAUUACAUGUUUGAAAUAAAUUAUUUCCAGAUUUGCAUGCUGCAGUUCCAGUGACAGCAAUUUGAAACUAUGCUGUCUGGAUUACUUCUGUUGAGGUCAUUGUAAUAAACUGGAAACCUGUUGAACACAAACUGGCAUUACAUGCCAUGUUACCUUUGAGUUCCGCACCUUUUUCGAUGGAAAGUAACCUUUUGGCGAUAAACCGUGCAACAACUGUAGCAAAUGGCUCACAUCCCUUUCUGAUAGAAGGUCGUUGAACCUAUCUAUCCUGCACAAGGUUUGUCAGAUAGUAUAUUCCCUUUUUGGUUUUGUUUCUUUGGUUUGUUUUAAGUAACAAGAACUGUAGAGGGUAUAGAAAUAUGUACACCUGGUGGAUAAAUGUUUUAAACUGAGUAAUAGUUUGGCAGAAGAACUUAUAAUGCUUUUGUUUCUUUGUGCAUCCUACACGUGGUGCCUGUUUUGCUUUUCUAAGCAAGGCUAAUAAAAAAAUCAUUUUUGGUAAUGAUGGAAAACUUAAAAUUCAUAAAAAUAAACUAUUUUGACACAUUUCAA